AUGGCUGAUCAUGCAGACAACCAGAAUGAAAUUGAUGAUCGGAGUAGUUCACGUGGAGUCGAUAGGAGAAGUAGAUCGAGGUCGAGAUCAAUAGCUUCUGAUAGGUCUGUUAGUCCAGAUGCAUUGAACAAAAGUGUGCACAGUCCAAGGUCUGGAGGAUCGUCACCUAAUGAUCGUCCAAGUUCUCCAGCCUCAGCCAGAUCUCCAUCGCCAGAAAACACAAGGACUUCUCGGUCGCGAUCACGGUCAAAAUCAAUAUCAAGAAGUCCUUCGGGUUCGCCGCGCCGUGCUGGAUCACAAUCAUCAGCCAAAUCUAGAGCCAGUAGAUCAAGAUCAAGAUCAAGGUCGUCGGUAGAUUCUCGAGCAACUUCAAAAUCACCAGACGCUGCACGAAAGUCUAUGUCUAGGUCUAGAAGUCGUUCGGCUGGUACAUCACCAGCCCGUUCAAGAGAAGCAUCACGCUCGCGAUCACGUUCACGUUCCAAUUCCCCAAGAAGUAUCAAGUCUACUGGUAAAUCUUCCAAAACUGGCUCUCGCUCUCCUUCACCGGUGGCUAACAAAAUAUCACGAUCUAGGUCCAAUAGUCCUGUGGGUAAAUCCCCAAAUGGUUCUCGCCAUUCAUCCAAGUCUAGAUCACGCUCAAGAUCAAAGUCACGGUCUCAUUCACGAUCCAAGUCAAAAUCUCCAUCUAGAUCACGCUCAAGAUCUAAAUCAAAGUCACGUUCUCGAUCACCAUCUCAGGAAGUUAAUAAAAAUCCUGUGUCUCCGCGUUCUGAUAAAGAUUCUUGUCAUGAUCAAAAGGAUAACGAAGCUGACAAAUCACGUUCAAAAUCACGAUCACCUUCACCUAGUGAUGAUCGAGCAGCCAGUGUAGCCCGAUCACCCUCUGGUUCAAGACCUGCUUCUCCAGCUACUUCUCAGAGAUAUUCUCGGUCAAGGUCACGCUCCGCUGGAUCACGAGCCGCUUCGCGAUCAAGAUCUCAUGCUUCCAAAUCACAUCCCGCUCGAGGUCACGCUCAGGAUCUAGAAUAUCGCGCUCUAGGUCUGGAUCAAGGAAAUCUGUUUCACCCGCUACUUCUAGAAAAUCUAGAUCACGCUCUAGAUCUGGAUCGAGAAAAUCUCGUUCAAGAUCAAGAUCAGGAUCUAGAAAAUCUGGAUCGCCAUCGGCGACAAGAAAGUCCAGAUCUCGCUCUAGGUCUGGGUCAAAAAAAUCUCGUUCAAGAUCACGAUCAGGGUCUAGAAAAUCUGGAUCGCCAUCGGCUACAAGAAAGUCCAGAUCUCGCUCUAGGUCUGGGUCAAGAAAAUCUCGUUCAAGAUCACGAUCGGGAUCAAGAAAAUCUGGAUCGCCAUCGGCUACAAGAAGGUCCAGAUCUCGCUCUAGGUCUGGAUCAAGAAAAUCUCGUUCAAGAUCACGAUCGGGGUCUAGAAAAUCCGGUUCACCAUCAGCUACGAGAAAAUCUCGGUCACGUUCAAAAUCAGGAUCAAGAAAGUCUCGUUCUAGGUCACGAUCUGGAUCAAGAAGAUCUGCGUCACCAGCAGGCUCGGGAAAAUCUAGAUCACGAUCAAGAUCUGGUUCGAGAAAGUCUAGAUCUCGUUCAAGAUCUGGCUCUCGUAAAUCACGUUCACGAUCGGGUUCACACAGAUCGCGAUCAGGUUCUAGAUCACGCUCACGAUCAGGAUCCAGAAGAUCACGUUCAAGGUCCGGUUCCGGAAGAUCUCGCUCUGGAUCUCGUUCGAGAUCACGUUCAGGUUCAAGACGCUCAGGUUCACGAUCACGCUCGAGAUCGAGAUCUCGUUCACGUUCGCGGUCUCGAUCGGGCUCAAGAGUCCCGUUCACGCUCGAGGUCUGGAUCAAGAAAAAGCCGCAGCCGUAGUCGCAGCAAAGACUCAACUGGGUCAAACUCAGCAAAACGUGGUCGUGUUCUAUCGGAUUCUGAAGGUGAUGAUGAUGAGCAAGUACAACGAUCAAAACGCACAAAGCACCAAAUUUCGGACUCUGAAAAUGAAAACGAGGACGAAGGAAAAGGAGAUUCUGCAGAAAAAGAAAAAAAUGAUGAUGAAUUGGAAGAGGGUGCUGCCGAAGACGAAGAUGGUGGUGAUCUUGUUGAUAAAGAUGACGGUACCGAAGACGACCGAGUUCGUCAAGAUGGAGGAGUUGAAGAUGACUCUAUGUCAGACUUUGAUCGUAUGAUGGCACGUAAAAAAGAAGAACAGUCUCGUCGGCGUAAGCGCAAGGACAUUGAUAUUAUCAAUGACAACGAUGACAUAAUUGCUCAAUUAUUACACGACAUGAAAACAGCUUCUGAGGAAGACAGAAAAUUGAAUCAAUUAUCAAAACCUGCCACUAAAAAAAUUGCAAUGCUUUCCAAAGUGCUUUCACAGCUGAAAAAACAUGACUUGCAGCUGGCAUUCCUUGAGCACAAUGUAUUGAACGUAUUAACCGACUGGCUCGCACCAAUGCCUGAUCGCUCAUUACCAUCGCUGAAAAUCCGUGAGAGUUUAUUGAAAUUGUUAUGGGAGUUUCCCCGUAUUGAUCAGAACUCACUCAAGUCAUCUGGUAUCGGUAAAGCUGUUAUGUAUCUGUACAAACAUCCUAAAGAAACUAAGGAAAAUAAAGAGCGAGCUGGUAAAAUAAUAAGCGAAUGGGCCCGACCAAUAUUUAAUCUUUCAGCAGACCUUAAAGCACUCAGUAAAGAAGAACGUUUGCAACGAGAUAUGGAACAGACUCCUCACAAGAGAAGAAAGACUGAUGAAGGUGGUUCGUCACAAAAAUCUCAAGAUAUUAAUAAAGCUCUCAAGGGCGACGCUAAACCUCUGAGACCUGGUGAACCUGGAUGGGUUUCAAGAGCUCGUGUACCCAAACCUUCCAAUAAAGAAUAUGUCGUACGACCUGAAUGGAAAUCAGACGUCGAUAUCAGUCGGACCACGAAAAAACAGUUGAGCAGAAUUGAACGACAUGUUAAAAAUCAUUUGGAAAAUAGGAAAAUGAAUUCUUCUAGACGCGCAGUUGAAAUUUCUAUUGAAGGACGUAGAAUGGCUCUAUAA